UUGCCUUUUUGUUCCCCUGUCCUCAUUCCUCUGCUGCAAAACCUUCUGCUUAAAAUACUGGUUCAUUUCUAGUUACAGGGACCCACUUGCCAUCUGUCAUUCCAGGAAAUUUGUGAAAUGGAUCCAGAUAAACAAGAUGCUCUUAAUAGUAUUGAGAAUUCCAUUUAUAAAACAGCCUUCAAAUUACGAUCAGUGCAAACUCUGUGCCAGUUGGACUUGAUUGACAGCUCCCUGAUUCAGCAGGUCCUACUGGGUCCAAGUUUCUGGGAAGCUGGCAAGCGCUCCCUUUCUGUGCAGCAACUUUCUCAGGCACUCCAAGAGCUGUUUCAGAAGGCCAGGGAGGAAAACCCAGGACAGGUGCAUCCCAGAGCUCCGGAACUCACUCUGAGCCUUCUCACGACAAUGUACAACAGCACAGGAACAGGUUUUCUCCAGCUUAUGCCUGCGGCCGCUGCCCUAACAACCCUCUCAGGAGACAGCCCUCUUACAAAAUACCGAGCUCUUUUUCAACUCUAUGCAGAAAAUAGCAGGGGAGGCUAUGAUUCUGGGCCACGCAUGACUCGAAGGGUUUUGAGAAAACUACUAACAGAUCUACAGCAGAUCCCAACUGUUGUGGGAGAGAGUCGUGCUCUGUGCCCUGUGGAAAGUGCCACCUGCAGCUAUUUCCAAGGGGUGUUGAGCCCAGCAGUCAAAGAAGAAAAAUUCCUGUCUUGGGUCCAAUCUGAGCCUCCCAUCCUCCUGUGGCUCCCGACCUGCCACCGGUUAUCAGCUGCUGAAAGGGUCACUCACCCUGCUUGGUGCACUGUCUGCAGGACUUUCCCAAUCACGGGACUCAGAUACCGCUGUCUGAAGUGUCUCAACUUUGACAUCUGCCAGAUGUGUUUCUUAUCUGGUCUUCACAGCAAGUCCCAUCAGAAGUCUCAUCCUGUCAUUGAGCACUGCAUCCAGAUGUCAGCAAUGCAGAAUACAAAACUUCUCUUCAGGACCCUCAGAAACAACCUUCUUCAGGAGCGCUGUAGGAAGAAAGAAGCAGCGAGAAGGCAGCAGCUGCUGGACCAGGUGAAUCCAAAGGGUGUGCCUCACCAUGCGCAGGCCAGGCUCCUUAAAAAACAGUUAAACCAAUACAAAGACAAGUUGCAAGCUAUAUACACCUCCCAGGAAGAAAGAAGUCGAUUUGAAACAAGGAUUCACAAACUCAGAACCAACCAGGAUAGUCUAUGGACCAAGCUACAACAGAUAAGACGGGACCUACAGGCAAGGUUGCAGCCACCCGGUCCUUCAUCUUCUUCCUUUCAAAAUGUGGGGAACAAGGUUGACCAUUCUUCAACUGAAAAGGUUCCAAAGGGAGGGGAUUAUUUGCAGAUCAAGAAUGCCACUGAAGAUGCUUCAACAGGGGAACCUCUUCCUAAGCUUGAUGAGGUUGACAGAAGUCACAGAAGUCACACAAAUGCAGAGCAUGCUCUGCGAAAUCCAGAAUCACCAGAGACCACUUUGCACAGCACCAGGGCACAAAGCCAAAAACAAAAGAUGCCAAAGAAAGUCAUUAGCACCCUACCCAGUUAUCAAGAGGGACUGAAGCAGGACAUCCCCAAAAUGGUUCCUGCUGAAAUGAGCAGUCCUGCUCUGGCAGCCGUGGAAAAGAAAGAGGCAGGUAACAUCAAGGAGAGAAAGGAUGAGCUGGAGGAAGAGGAACUGCAAGAACUAUUGUCAAAACUUAUGGAUGCCUUCAAUCUAAAAACACCAUCAGGCCCGGAGUCUUCAGUAAACAUGGACCUGUACAGUGGGGCUCAGCGAGUGUGCAGGGCCUUCUCUGCCCUUGUUGAUCAAAUUGCCUUGCCCAAUUUGAAGUGAAAUGGAGUCCAGGCUCAAAGGCCUCUUGGUGUGAUGACAAAAUGCAGUUGCACAACUGUAUUAAAAGAAUUAAGACUUCUACCUUUCUUUUAAUAGUUUAGUGUGAACUAUGAAGAAAACAAGUUUUGUUUUUUGAUCUCCCUCCCUACUUAUGUAUCUUAGUUCUGCAGUUCAGAGUGAAGGUUGGGGGUUAGCGGGGCACGUAGAGGAUGAAGAAGGAAGGAAGAUAUGGCAGAGUCAGAUCUCUUCAUGAAGGGCCAUCCUUACUGUGAAUACCUCCGGAGUAACAUUCAAGCGUGUGACCUACAUGGAUGCAUGCAACUGUCUUCCUCAAGUAUCAUGUAAAUUACUGAAUUGAUGGCCUAAUUUUCUAUCUUGAUGCUUCUGCUGGAGAAUAGGCUUAGCAAAGAACUAACUACAUACAUACAUACACACACACACACACACACACACAAUUGAGUGCAUGUAAAACUGGUAACAUCUGAAUAAAUUUGGAUUAUACCACUGUCAGUUUCCUAGUUGUAAUAUUGUACCAUAGUUAUGCAAGAUGUUCCCAUUGGGGAAACUAGAUGAAGGGCAUACAGAUGUCUCUGUAUUAUUUCUUAUAACUGUAUAUGAAUCAAGUAUCUCAAAAUAAAAAAUUUAAUAUAUGAAUGUUUGUCGCUAAAAUCUCCACAUCCAACAAGUUUCACUAAAGCAUCAGUGUGCCUCCUUUCUCUGUUAUGUUGGAUUAGGUUAUAGAUGCUUAACUUACUAAUGCCCAAAGUAAUAGCUAACCUUUUUUGACUGUUAGAGCACUUAGUUUUUAAGCACUUUCUAUGUGCUGACUCAUUUAAUCCUCACAAGAAACCUAGGUAGUACAUUUCUCAUUUUAUGAGGAAACUGAGGCACAAACAGGUUUAGUAACUUGUCCAAAGUUGAUUUGGCCACUUCUUGAUGAAGCUGGGAUUUGAACUCAGCUUCUGAGCCUAUACUCUAACUACUACUCUGUACUUCCUUUCAAUAAACAUUGUGCUGAUUUCAAUGUUUUUGUCUAUUAUCUUGAGAUGCAGGCCAUGUUACAUUCAGAAAGGCGGUGGAUUUUUAUAUGAUCUGUAAUUCCUAGAACUGUUUACAGAGUGAAAUAAUGUCCCAUUGGAUGGGAUUAGGACUAGGUUAUCCCUGUUCCAUCUCAUCCUAAUAGUUUUUAAUCUGCUUUUCAGCUUAUCAUAAACUUUUGGUUUUAGUUUUGUUGCUUAGCAUAGUUACUCUUCUUUUUACUUCAUCCCAGUUUGUUCCUUACACUUUUGGUAAGCUUCAUCAGCAAGCUGCAGUCCCUGGGCCAAAUUCGGCUUGCUCCCUGUUUUGAACAGGCUAUGAGCUAAGUGUGGUUAUUAUAUCUUUUUAAAACAUUGAAAAAGUCCAAAGAAAAAUAUUUUGUGGCACCUGAAAAGUGUAUGGACUCUGAUUUCAGUGUCCAUAAACAGAGUUUUGUUGGAACACAACCAUAUUCAUUCAGUUAUGUAUUGUGAUAACUGCUUUUGUUCUGCCGAGGCCGAAUUGAUUAGUUACAGCAGAGACUGGAUGGUCCAGAAAGCCUAUAAUAUUUACUAUCAGACUCUACAGAAAAAGAUUGCCAAUCCCCAUUGUGGAGUACCAAGGUGAGGGAAGAACAAAGGGCAGGCUCUUCUGCAAGCUCAUUCUCCAAGUGUAGUUCCUCUUUGAUGAUUUAUAAGAGAGAGUGAAUUUACGUGAUGGUUUUGAAGAAUAUGAUGAAAACCAUUAGAAAAAGCACCAUCAAUGCAAAAUCAUGAGCCUAUAUGUUGAAAAAGUAGUCAAAGCGUGGCAGCUUUUUAAUAAAAUACUAAUUUUCCCAAGGAGCCAAAAGCUGAGGCUGGGCCUUCUCCCCCACCUCUUUCCCCAAGCUUCCUUUUCCUGUUGUGAAGACUCAGCUAAUCCUCAAAUGAAACUGUUUUCUGAUAAUAACCCUUUAGAUGCAAUUUCUAGUUUAAGGAGGGUCCUAAUCCUUCAAUGAAAAGAUUUACUGAGGCUUCCUUUGGACCUGAAAAAAGCAAGGGAAUUGCUAACAUAUCUGAAAUUCAAACUGGCUGUCAAUCCUACAUAUUGGUUAUAAUAGAAUGAUUGGAGAGUUGGGAAUAAUUAGAGAUAAAAAUAGCAUUGUGUCUCUAACUCAAAUACAUUUGCUAAUUGGAAUUCUCUGCUAUAAACCUUGUUCAGGCCUGGUCAUUUUUCAGGAAAAUAAUUAUUUAUGGGUUCUUCUCUUAUAAUGCUGUUCCUUCUAUUUUGUUUUUCAAUGCAAAGUGUAACCACUUAUAGAGUUAUAAUAUUUAAUCAAAUAACAAAUAUGCUUAUCGGGAAAUAAUUUGUAUGUAUUUACACUUAAACAUUAUUUUAUUAGAGUUUGGAUGUCAUUAGUGGUAACAUUAAAUAUUGAAAUAAAGAGACUCC